AUGCCACGACCAGGAUUGAGAAAUUGUUUGUCUGAAGAUUUUCAACAAAUCGAAGCUGGCGGAUCAGAUACUCCUCUUCGAUCCAUUCGUAAACAAAAUUCACGAAAAUUACGUUCUGUUGUUUCAUAUUCUGAAGAUCUACCUAGCGGGACUAAUUCAGCAAUAAAUAGUCCAUUUCGUUCUAUUCGUCAACUAAAUCCGCAAUUAUCUGCUGCAAAAGCAGCUUUACAUUCGACGUUAUUACAACGUAUUUGUGGACGCGAAGAAGAACGUCGAACAAUUGAACAAUUUUUAGCACAAAAACUCAGCAAUGUUGCUGACAAAACUAAAACUAAUAAUCCUUGUUUAUAUAUUUACGGUGCACCUGGUACCGGUAAAACAGCUGUUGUAACAAAUGUGACAAAUUUUUAUAGUGAACAGAAACAAUUAAAAAUAGUUUCAAUUAAUUGUAUGUCUACAACAAAAUUAUAUGAUAUACUUCAACAAAUACUUGACUGUUUGAAUUGUAAAACAAAAAUUACGACAAAAAAUAUUUGGACACUAUGUGAAACGUGUAUAGAAAAGUUUAGUUUGCCUGUUGUUCUCGUUUUCGAUGAAAUUGACGGUUUGUUGCUGUCAAAUGACGUUGAAAAUAUUUACAAAUUAUUUCAAUGGCCACAUGUACUGGAAAAUUUGCUUAUGAUUGGUAUUGCCAACUCCCUCGAUUUAACCGAUCGUUUAUUACCACGAUUACAGUUGAAAUUAGAACAUAAACCCUCUUUACUGAGUUUUACACCUUAUACACGGGAUCAAAUGUUGAAUAUUGUACAUGAUCGUCUUAGUGGUAAUCCAAAUGAUCUGUUUGAUCGUAAUGCAUUAAUGCUAUGUGCAACAAAAGUAGCAUCAACAACUGGUGACUUACGAACCGUCUUUGAAGUAUGUCGACGUUCAAUGGAACUUGUUCAACCACCAUCUACAGAAAUGGAACAUCUGAAUAUAGGUGUGGGUCAUGUGAUGCAAGUAUUUGAAUCGAAUCAUAAAAAUACAAACACAUCUGAUAAUGUAAAGACGAAAGAGUUGCCAACGUAUGAAAAAAUAUUAUUAUGUUCAUUAAUUGUUUAUAUGAAAAAGACUAAGAAACGACUAUGUGCACGUGGAAAGGUUCAGUCAUUAUUUGAUAAUAUAUGUCAAACACAGAAGAUAACUAUACCAGAAGAAAAUGAGUUUGAUGGAUUAGUUGAUGGUUUAGAAACAAAAGGUUUUAUUAAAAUAAUUCAAUCAAAAACCAAAGUUAAACGCGAUGAUCAAAUUCAAUUUAAAGUAGAAGAACAAGUGCUUAUCGAUACAUUAGAAGAUGAUACAUUGUUAGGGAUCGUGUUACAUAAUAAUAUUGAAUGA